UCCAUCCCAGGAGCUGCAGCCUGAGCGCCUGUGCCGCUGCCUCUUCCUCCCCUCCCUGCCCCCGGGCACGGGAGUCGGCUCAUGCGAGGCGGAGCCUGGAGAUUGAUACCCGCAGACAGAGAUUUAAAUUUCAUUCACAGGUCGGCGAGGGGAGAAGCAGCAGCAGCAGCAGGAGCCCGGAGCAGAGCCGCAGACCGCCCGCGCCCCCCCCCGAGCUCGUCCUCCACGUCCAUCACCGCCGCUGCUGCUGCUCGCUCGGCCGCCCGCCAGCUAAGCCAGCCAUGGACCGCUUCGUCGGAGGGCCGGGCCUCUUCGCCAACGUGGUGAAUGAAACCUUCGAGCUGUACCGCUGGUCCUGGAGCAUCCGAGACAAACGGGUUGAUAACUGGCCCUUGAUGCAUUCUCCAUUUCCAACACUGACUAUAAGCACUAUUUACCUCCUCAUUGUUUGGCUGGGCCCCAAAUGGAUGAAGACAAGGGAGCCUUUCCAGUUGCGAUCACUGUUGAUUAUUUACAACUUUGGAAUGGUUCUACUGAACUUCUAUAUUUUCAAAGAGCUAUUUAUGGCAUCAAAAGCUCGAGGGUACAGCUAUAUUUGCCAGACUGUGGAUUAUUCAGAUAAUGAAUAUGAAGUCAGGAUUGCUGGGGCUUUAUGGUGGUAUUUCAUAUCAAAAGGAAUUGAGUAUCUGGACACAGUAUUUUUCAUCCUAAGAAAGAAGUUUAACCAAAUCAGUUUCCUUCAUGUCUAUCACCAUUUCACUAUGUUUACCUUGUGGUGGAUUGGCAUAAAGUGGGUUGCAGGAGGACAGUCUUUUUUUGGAGCUCAAAUUAACUCUUUUAUUCAUGUUAUAAUGUAUAUGUACUAUGGACUAGCUGCCUGUGGCCCAAAAUUUCACAAGUACCUUUGGUGGAAACGUUACUUGACUAUAAUGCAGCUGAUACAAUUCCAUGUGACUAUUGGCCACACAGCUUUUUCUAUUUAUAUCGAUUGUCCAUUUCCUAAGUGGAUGCAUUGGAGUGUCAUUUUCUAUGCUACCUCUUUCAUUAUCCUUUUUGGCAACUUCUACUAUCGGACAUACAAGAUGCCCAAGCAGCCUGUAAAGAAUGGCAAAAUUACCAAUGGCACUAUGGCAAAUGGUGUAAGCAAACCAGAAAAUGGUCUAGUUAUGGAAAAUGGAAAGAAAAAGCAGAAGGAAAAAGCAAAAGGAGAGUAACUUGAUCCAGGCCUUAACCAUUGUUGGCAGUGAGGAAUCUCCAGUUUGGUUGUAAAGAAAAAGAAAAGUUAUGCUCUCUAAAACAAUGACGUUUAGGUUACUGAAGAGAUAGAACAUAUUAUUUAUGAAGAUUGUUUUAACAACAACCCUUCAACAUAAAAUUUUGUUGUAAUUAUGUAAUUAUUAAGAACCUGGUUAUCUCUAUGUAAACUUUUAGACUGCUGGUGUUGGUAAUGUAAGAAAGAAUUGCUGAAAUAGUGUGGUCUGGUGGUUAAUCAUACAAUUAACCAAGGCUAUAGUUGAAUUGUUGGAGAAGACAUUUCUGUGAGCAAACAGAUAGUUCAUACGUCCUUCUGAUUCUUUCAAAUGUUAAGACCUAAUCAUUAUCAAAUUGUCCCUACCCUUUGAAACAUAUUGUUUGUAUUUACUUAGACCAGACAUAUUAGGUUGUCCUAAUUUUUCUUUCUUGUCUGUUGAACUUCUAUUAAUGUGUGGAAAAUACACCUACAUCUUCAUCUGAUGAAAACAACAUUUAAUUUAGAUAAUCCCAAUUUCUAUAGGAGUCCACCACUAUAAAUUCAACUUUAUGCUUAUGAGAAAAGAUUUGCUUCCACUAACAAAAAGUAUUAUAAUUCCUGUCCCUGUUCAAUAUUUCCCUAAGGGGGAAUCAUAUUUGAAAGGUAUUUAUAUGAAACAGUGGACAAACCAUGGUCUGUCUAUAUUUUUAAGAUGUCAUGAAGCUAUUCUUUAUUGCCUCUAGUUGCAUGAGAUCCAUGGUGCUAAAUGCUUAUAAAAAUGGUUGAAUGUUGAACUAAGAGAGGGAAGAAGUACAGGGCUCAGUCCUUAUUUAGUACCAGUUAUGUUAAAUAAAAGGAGAAGCAAUUAAUCAGAAUAGAGUGUUUUGAAGUUCAAUGCCUAAUCUAGCAAUGAAUUUAAGUUAGUCAUGAUUAACAGUCCCUUAAGUUUUAAUGGGAUUUGGUUAUGGUUAACUUUAGCUAGGUUGGGAUCUCCAUGGUAUAAGCAAAUGUACUACAAAAAGUUUGAUGUGAACUAUUCACUGACAAGAUGGUCUUGCUGCUCACUACUGCAAUGCUGCAGGUACUUUACGUAUGCACUGAUUGUUCCUGCAAUCAUGGCGCUGCAAGAGCAAUAUUAGCUGGUGAGAUUCUAUUCCUUCCAUAUGAUCAGUUUACUAUGAUCUAGGUCUAAUUUCUGUGACUGUUCUGCUCACCAUUCCUUCUGCUGCAUCAUUAUGGCUUCUCUCUAACGCUUUAUGUCAAGAGUACCUCAAGCUCUUCUCCACUAUGAACUGGUUACAUAUCCUGCAUUACUGUGAAGAAAGUACAAUAAGGAUUCACCAUUUGCACAGCCUUGGAAACUGAUGGAGAGAGAAGUCAUGAUUUGCUUUAGUUUGGAGUGAGUUUGAGGCAGAACUGGAACUUGAACUGAGAUCUUUCUUUUUCUCUGCUCUGCAUACAAGAGCCAAUCCUCAUAUAUUUAUGAAAAAACAGACUUCUCGCUAGCUGUGUAUUUUUUAUCAUGAAAAUAAAACUAUUUAGUUGAGAGAGAAGUUCACAGAGCAUUCUGUUUACUUUUACCCAUCUUGUAUUGUCUAUAAUAAAUAACAGAAGAACAAAAGCCACAUCUUUUCUGAUAUUUACUAUGUCUCUUAUUUAAUGGUUUUAUCCAAACUCUAAUAUUUGGUCCCCAAACGUAAUUAGAAAAGUUACAUAUAUCGUGGCAUUUUGAAAAGCAAUAGAUUAACUUGGAAGACUAGCUUUCAAAAUCGUUCAUUCCAAACUGGGUCGUGAAAUUCUCCCUGUUGUUGCACAGUAUAGCUUAACUGGUUUGGGACCAUUGUUUUUUUUUUUCUUGCUAGUCUUAGUGGGUGAGUUGCUUUCCAAAAGUGAGCACAGAAGUUGCUAAUGAAUGAGUAACAAAAAGGAUAUGGCAUGAUCCAACCAAAGUGAAAUGAUUUGAAACUCUUAACAGUUUCAGUAGUAUGGGGAAAAUGAGCAUGUACUUAACAUUUCCACUGAACCUAGUGGGACUUGCAUGUGAUUGACCUUGCUUGGAAUGUACAUUUACUGUAUGAAAAGGAACAAAAUGAAGUAAACUUGUUUGCAUAUAAUUUGCCCUGUUUGUACUGUGUUAAAAUUUCAGCAUGGCAGUAGGAUGUUCGACCAUUAUCUAGAUCAAGUACACAAUUAAGAUUAUGUAUCUUUUGAUCUAAGCAUUUUGUGACUCAAAAAGUACUAUUGGGAAAUGUUCAGUUACAGGGCUAGCCUGAUAUGUGCCACACCUUUUGAUACAUAUUUCAUAAGGCCUUACAUUUCUAAACAUCUAAAACCCCAUAUACUAUGUUGGUUAAAGAUUCAUAUCCACAAGAAUACAGGCUAAACCUGUGUUGCAAUUCAGGCAGAGCAUUCUCCCAGAAUUCUAGGCCAUUUCUUGCUUGUAAACAAGUCACUUGUUGCCAGUGGGGCCCAUUCUGUCCCAACUAAUCCACAAGUAUUGCACCCACAGGCAGAUUUGGAUCUAGAGAUCUUUCUUGGCGUGUCUGGCUUUGUGGCAAAUGCUAUUCAGUAAAUGGCUGGGAUUUAGGGCCAUUUCACCCACUGCAUUUCUGCAUGAGGAUGAAUUGCAUUGCAUAUGCCAGUUGCACAAUUGCCUUUUUGUACACAUCUUCACAGCUGGAAAAGCCACUUCAAUUAUUAGCUUCUUGAUCAAUGUGACUGAAACAUAAUUAACACUGUUGGGUUCCUACUGCCUUUAAGACUCUUUUUCUCAUAUUGAACAUCUCUUGUGUUAAAAAAAUGUUUUUUGUCCUCAGUGAAGGAAUAUUGUCUCCUAAAGUAGCUUCUUCUUUCUAGACUCUUGGUUUCAUUAACAUUUCUGCAGUUUGAGAAUAUAUAUAUUGUAUGUCACUGGUGGGUAAUAUUUUGAAACUGAACAAUUCACAUGGUUAUAAGCUGUGAAUGGCUCCAUUAUGUAGUUCCUCUGUUAAACACCUAAAUCUACAACUUUGGUAUUGGAAGGAAUUGUGGGAAUUCAGUUCCAGGCUACUAAAAUGCAUUACUCACUUGAGUAAUUUUAUCUCAAGAUAUGUACAAUAAGGGCAUCUUGAAAUUAAAUUAUUUCAUUUAAUAUAUUUUACUAAAUGUUAAAAAUGAAGAGCUAAUUUGUGAUUUUGAGAAAAAUGGUCAUAUUCCACAUUUAUGACUUAGGCUACACACUAACUUUCAAUGCUUUAAAGAAUAAAAUUUAAUUAGAUUAUUAGUGACUAAAAAUAUCAGUGUUUUUCUCUGAAUAUGGCUAAACUAGUGGGGCGGACUUCUUAAUAAUAAUAAAGUUGCGUUCAUUCCUCCUAACUUGACAUACAGUGCAACUUAAUCUCUUGUUCUAAAUCAAUUGAAUGGUCUUAAAAAGGUCUUUAGGAUUGCAGUGUUGGAGAUUCUAAAUUUAAAUUUUGGGGCUAAGGUAUCUAGAAAACAUUAGCAGUUACAAGCUACAAAUGAAACAAACUAGUCACUGAGUUAUCUGCGCAAUCGCAAGAUCCUCAGAAAUCUCUAUAGCAAUUGCAAUAUUUUGUCUGCCCAUCACUGAUUUAAACCUUGGAACUAUUCUUGUUUUAAACACCAUCCUUGUGACUGUGGAUACUAUUGAGGGGCAAAUCGCUUCUAUUCCAGUAGGGGGUGCAGACAUGGCAAAUGCCACAGCAGUUUUUCAGUGGCCUUUAUCUUCCUCUUUUCUCAAAUGAAGUGUCGUAUCUUGAAAUUUAGUGGUAACAUCUUUGCUUGUACUACCAAGAUUAGUGCUUGUGAUUUGACAUGUUUCCAUUUGGGUGGAAGAGAAGUUUUGAUACCAGAACUGGAUCUACAUUUUUUUGAAGGAGAGCAAAGGUACAAAUUCAUUCCCCUAAUUUAUUAUUUACAUAUUUUUCUUAAAUAAUCAGAUGCUGCUUCUGACCCGCUCAGUGUGUUGCUCCCUUGCUCCUCACCCCCCGACCCCCAAGCUGGUCCUUUUUGAUACUGGCUAUUUGCUUAAAACAACAUUUUGAAUAUGUUGCAAGUCCAAAGAUUAAGAAAACCCUUUCAGAAUAUAGUUAGGUAUAAAAUAAUGUCAUAACUAUCUUGAAAUGUGAUGCUUCAGCUAAAAAUCCUGAGUCACUUUGUCUCAGAUUUUUAAGCAAGACUUUUAGGUCAAUGUCUCUAUGUUUAGUCUAUCCUAGCAGGGCAUCUGGUUCAUUCCCAUAAAACACAGAAAACUAAAUAGUGUGUGCGAACAUGUGAUUGUUUUAUGUAUCAGUGAUCUGCUAACAAAGUUACUAGUAUUAAAUUUUCAAUUAUUGUUUUCUCUUUGUUAUAUCUACUUCUGUUUGUUUUAUGUAAACUAGUUACAAUUCAGUCAAUGUUUAUUGCUGUACUCUGAUACAGCUAUAUUAUAAUUAGAGGUUUUUCCUGCCAGCUAAAUUCCUCCAUUUGCAGGAUUUGGGGAAACAGCUGAAAGAUGUACAAUAUUAUGCACCUCUGAAAGAAAUAACCUCUUAAACAACCUUGGGCUAAUGUUCCUUCAUGCCUGUAUACAUAGUGGAUGAAAAAGAUCCUCACUAGAGUGCCUCCCAACAAGGCUACAGAAUUCACAUAAUCGUAGUCCCUUUGGAAAUAGUGCUCUAUUUGCAGUGCUCUAUGGUUUUUAAACCCAUGGUUUUUAAAAAUAGAUCCCAGUAGCUUCUAACUUACACAAAACUCACCAGGUGUUACAGGACUUUUAGUUGCUGAUGCAAAACUUAGGCAGUUUCUGUGAAAAUGUGAGAAAUCGUUAUGUCCAGUUCUCCAUGAUAAAUUUUUAAAUAGACUAUAAAUUGCUACUGCCAAAAAAAUGAGCAACAAAAAUGCUACUGUGAAAAAAGCAGAUUGAGUCAUAUAAAUUAAGUGAAAAUCUAUUUUGUAUCAUGUAUUCAAAAGACAGACUUUGGGAUUGAAGAGUUUCAGAAGUUUGUGUUCUGGGCUCCUUGAUGUUCGAGAUAAGAAAAGGCGGGGGGGUUCUUUUCUGUUAUCAAGCAGGGCCAACUUCUAAUGCUUGUCAGGCACACUAUAGCAAUUAUAUCAUUGUCUUUUGGGUCCUUGGCAUGAACAGCUACAAGACUUAAAUCAGUUUUUUAAAAAGCUAACAUGCAAUAUGAAUGAUCUUCUGUAACAACUGCAGAAGUCUUGUGACCUAGAUCUGAUUACUGUGGGGAAGUAUUGAUAAGACUUUCCACAAGCCAACACAUUGUGGAGAAUUUUUUUGUUAGCAUUGGAAUUAACUUCUCUUAUCACAUUCCAUCUAUACUUGCUCAUUGUAGUGGAAACAAUGCAGCCUAAUUAGGGCAGUCCUAAGCACUCAAUUGGUUGCAUGGAAAAAUACAGAAAGCAUCUUGCUACUAGUUGGGCAACUGAAUGGAGUGAGAGAUAAUUGUAUGUUUUCAUGGCACAAUACUUACUACAAGUUAAAGAGAAGUUCAUUGAAUGUUAAGAACACUUUGAGACCCAAGCAAGGUAAAAGCUACUAGGACAGAAGGCAGAAUUUUGAUAGAGCAGGAAAGGGUUAAAGCACUCCUCAUCUCAGACCUCUUGCUUAAUUUCCCCUUCCCAAAGUAUGUCUUCUAUCUGAAAGGUCAGCACUGGGCUCCAUCUCAGGUGUUUGUGCACAUGUGCGACUACUAAUGUGGAACAAAAAAUCACAGAGGUGGAUGGGGUCAUACAUAUGUAUUUCAAUUAUAUUCAUGUAAAAAGCUGGGUUGACAUUAGGAAUGUCUAAAAAUAUAUUGUUACAGGAAUAUCUGACAAUUUGCACUCCAAAAAGAGUUGUUAAAUCAAAAUAUAUUGUAGUGUGUCUGACAAUUUGAAGUUCUGUUGUUUAUCAAAAGUAAUUACACUAACUUUUUUAAAAGUAAAGUGUUAUUCUUUCAUAUGGACUAGUGCCUUUGAGUACUGUUGUUGUCGUCCACUUUUAUAAAGUAGCCUACUGGCUAUACAUCUGAAUAUUUAUAUGAAUAAUAUCAAAAAACGCUUGACCAUAAAAACUCCUGGCAUGAUAAGCAAGUUUAUCUGGCUGAACAUAGUCCUUAUUGACCCUGGAUAAUGCCUAUUGAACCACAGUUUCAAGUAACUGUGAUUAAUGAAUAAUCAUUAGAAACCACUGGAAACCAAUUUAAUGUUAAUAGGAAAACAAACAAUUUUAAUUUAAGUUCUGCGUGAUAAAAUAACUGAACCAUGGACAGAGUCAUUGCAGUCUGCUAAGCCAGUUAUCAGCAUUGGUCAUUAUUAGCUGGAGGUAUUCAUGGUUCUUCUAUAAUCCCUGGCUCUGUUCCAUAAAUGAACAGUUUUUCCUUCCUUUUGUAAAACAAAACAGUAAAAAGAACAUCUACACCACACACAGGUGAUCAGUCAGGGCAAACUUUUUCCUUAAUUUUUGCACUUGUUCAUAGAUAUCUCAGGGGUCUGAGAACAAUACAGAUGAUUAUUUUUGAUAUUUAUUUAUUAAUGUACAUACUGUAAAAGUAUAUUGUAUAUAUACUUGCUACUUUAAAUACUCCAUAUGAAGAUAAGGCCCCCACUUUACAGAGCAAUCCUGUGCAGAAUUACUCAGUCCAUGCCCACUGAAAUAAAUGAGCUUAGACUGGAGUAAUUCUCCUUAGAAUUGAACUAUCUAUGAGCUGUAUUAUCUUGCCAAGACUGCUUAAGUUAAGGACAGAGUGUGACUUUUCUGGGGUGAUUGUAUGAGCACCUAAAAAGGAUUAACUUGUAACUGCUUCAUUUUUUAAAAGUUUUAAAAUGUUUCUGAGGGAGAAAAUUCCUACAUAGUCAUAACUGAUAGACGUGUGCUGAGUUGUCUUUCAGCCCUAUUGGUAUCUUGCACCCAAAUAGUUUUAGUGGGUAAAGUGAACAUACUUUCUGUGUGCUUGGCAACUGAAAUUAAAUAUGCAAAGCAGUUUACAAAAAGUGGUUGCCCUUGAUAACAAACCAGACACAUUACGUACGGGUCAUAUUACAAAGACUUGGUUUAAAUUUUGUAAAUUUGACUAUUUUUUAAAAAAAGGUAAUGCUACAAAAGACAACCGUUUGUACAAUGUAUAUCAACAUACCAACUUGUGCGCACAAAAGUGAACAGGGCUGUGGAAUGGACUGAUAAUUAAAGAUAUUGUAGAGCUUAUAAAUAUUCCAUUGUAAGAUCUGUAUAAGCUUAUUAAUAAAUAAAAAAAUGAAAAUCAA